ACCAAAACCUUUGUUUUGAAUAGUUGAAUCGAUUGGAUGAGGAAAGAAAGUCUCUCUGCAAAUGAUGAUCAAUUUUUUUAGAAUUGAUCGAAGCGCGUGACAAAAAUGUGGAUAAAACCCGAAGAAGUUCUUCUGGCAAAUGCUCUUUGGGUAACUGAGAGAGACAACCCUUACUUUGUGCUUCAACGACGAAAAGGCCACGGUGGAGGUGGUUUGACUUCGCUUCUGAUCGGAACUUUAGAUAAUGUUCUCGACACAAAGCCUGCACCAUUUCGCAUACUUUUACAACUGCCAAGUUCCGACAUUAGUUAUGUGAUUGCUAGUGCAGCAUCAUUCCAAGAGAUUGAGGAGGACUGGAACUGGUUAACAAAACAUUUGCUAGGGACAUUAGAAACUAUUGAAAGUGAAGAGGACAUCAGAGAGUUUGUGAAGGCAAAGAUUGAAAGUCUUGUGGCGAAUGCAACUGUAGAUCAAGAUGUUGCGGCAGAAACAGAAACCAACAGAUUUAAGUCAGCCACAGUAAGAUUUCAUAGGAUCUUUAACAUCCCAGCUGAGGAAAAACUUGUUAACUACUAUUCCUGUAGCUUCUGGAAAGGCAGGGUUCCCCGUCAAGGCUGGCUGUAUUUAUCUGUUAACUACAUGUGUUUUUAUUCAUUUUUGAUUGGAAAAGAGGCCAGGCUUGUCAUCAGAUGGUUGGACGUUGUGUCUCUAGAGAGAAGUAGUAGUGUCCUAUUUACUGAUGGAGUCAAAGUCUCAACAAGGGAAGGAGAGUUUUGCUUCUCAUUGUUGCUUCAUAUAACAGAAACAUUUGGUCUCAUGGAGCAGCUUGCUAAUCUGGCCAUGCGACAGUUGCUGUCAGAAGAAGGUUACGAGGAGGACAAGACAUUACCUUUACUCACAAAAAAUAGAGGAAAACAAGUGAAAAAAGUACCUUCUCUGAAGAGAGAUUUGGAUGCCAGAGCACAGAGUGAAUUUUACAGAAACUUGUUUCGGCUGCCUGUAGAGGAGAAGCUUGAUGGUCAUUGUGAAUGCACAUUGUGGAGUCCUCAUGAAAAGGCUCACGAAUGGGGAACACUGUACUGCUCUCCAAACUACCUCUGCUUUAGCAGCAAGGUAAGACAGUUACUUUCGGUGGUGAUUCCAAUGAGAGAAAUUGCACUGGUUGAAAAAGUGGAAACCUCAGCUAUAAUACCAAAUGCAGUACACAUCACAACCAAAUCAAAGGCUAACUUUUUGUUUGCUUCUCUGCAAGACCGAGACUAUCUGACGAGACUAAUUUCUGACUUCUUAGCAAAGACUCCAGAGUCGAAAUCCAUUGAUAAAGGAGACUGGGACUUAAAGGGCACCGUGAAUACCAAGGCGACGUUUCAGCCACCUCUAACCACGGUGUUCUCUAACACACCCGCUGACCAUGUGAAUGCCAAGGAGACUAUCAAAGAACAUUUGUGGCGACUGCAUUUCUCAGACUAUGGAAGAGGUGUUUGUAUGUAUCGCACGGUCAAGACCCAGGAUUUGAUACUCAAAGGAGUUCCUGAUAGUCUGAGGGCUGAAGUAUGGUUAAUAUUCUCUGGUGCUAUCAAUCAGAUUCAAACUCAUCCUGGUUACUAUGCCACACUGGUGGACGAGUGCGAAGGAAAAAUCACUUUGGCAACUGAGGAGAUUGAAAGAGACCUACACAGGUCACUUCCUGAACAUCCUGCAUUUCAAUCUGAAGUUGGAAUUGCAGCUUUGCGAAGAGUUCUGACAGCUUACGCCUGGAGAAACCCAAGCAUAGGGUAUUGUCAAGCCAUGAACAUUGUAGCAUCAGUGCUGCUGCUAUACUGUACAGAAGAAGAAGCUUUCUGGUUAUUAGUAGCUGUAUGUGAGCGUCUUUUGCCAGAUUACUACAACACAAGAGUUGUCGGAGCACUUGUUGAUCAAGGUGAUUGUCGGGUUACUGUUGUUGUUAUUGUUUNAAUAAAAAACACUUGUUUUCUGGAUGCUUUCAGUGUCAUGCCAUUUACCAGUGCUGUUAGCAUCAUAGAUUGCUUUUUCUAUGACGGUACCAAGGUUUUGUUUCAGGUUUCCUUGGCUACACUUGACGCAAACAGAAACAAGCUUUUAGCUGUGCAAGACGAUGGUGAGGCAAUGACCGUAUUAGGGAAUUACCUGGAGCACGUGACCAACAGAGACGCGGCCACGAUGACCAAUGGCCAAGGAGCUUACAACAGAAACAAUGGAUCGCCUUCCUCGGGGUACCACAGCACAGUAGAUGUAGCCAACCUUAUUUUGGAAUCAUAUCAGAAGUUUGGUUUCAUCACAGCAGAGACCAUCGACUCCAUGAGAAAUGCGCAGAGACUUAAAGUUGUUCAGGGCCUUGAGGACAGUAUGAGAAGAACUGCCGUUAGAUCCAUAGGAGUGGAAGCCUGUCUGUUUGAGCAAAAGGAACUGGAACAGUUAUAUGCUGUUUUCAAGGCAGGACAUAUUCUGACACGUAACCAUGGCAACCUAGAGAUUAAGGAUACUCCACCCCAGUUUCCGCUCAUACAGAAUCAGUGUAUUGACUGCGAGAGAUUCGCGCCUCUUUUUAAGUGCCUUACGAACUGGGGGACUGGGGAGAUUGGUCCUACCUUGACUCAGAGGGCGUUCAAGGUGAUUGAUCAAGAUGAAGACGGACUGAUUAGUUUCCGUGAGUUUGCGCAAGGCUUGGGUAUCAUCUGUAAGGGUCAACUCCAAGAUCGUAUGCAGUUCAUGUACCGCAUGCACGUCCCUCCUGCCCUGAGUGACGACGACACCGCGCAAGUCAGUGAUGAAGAGUCAGUUGACAGCUGUGAUGAGCUGACUGAAGGUGAAAGUGUCGAGGACAUGAAGACGCAGUCAUGUGAUCAGCUACCGCCUCGUGAUGAGUGCGUCUCGAGGGUUCGAACUAAAGAAGAGUCGCCCGUGAGUGUUUUGUUGAAAACAGCCGCACGAAGUCAUAGAACGAUGACGGAUGAAAACAGUGAUAAGAAAGUCAAUGAAAUUCCACGAAUGAGUCAGGGAAAUUUUAUUUUGUUGUGGAAAACUAUGUACUCGCUGUUCCGCGAGCUGCCAAAUGAACAACAGAUGUAUCAAGCCAUUGCUUCAGUCGGCAAUAUACUGCUUAAGCUGGGGGAAUUUGGAGGAAAGUUGGACACUAGUGGAGACAAAACUACUGAUCAGCGGUCAAAGAGCGAUGAUCUAGACAGGUUCAUGGACCCACUUCACGUAGCAGACUUUGAAACAUCGACAUCGAACGCCGAAGAUGCGUUAAACACACCUGGCGAAAUAACUGUAACGUCAGAACUUGAAUCGUCGACUUUAGUAAAGGAAGAACUGAUUGAUGCCGCCAGGAGUAGUGAAUCUUCGCUCAGUAGUCCGGUGAGAAGCGCGGCAGGAGAUGAUUUUAUUCUCGUGGGCAGCGACGAGGGGUUCAGCACACCUGAGGCAGUGACCUGCGAAGAGAAUGACACUCAAGACACCUUAGACGAAGUGUAUAACAAACUAAGUCAUGGUGAUCCCCUUUCCACGGGUGAAAACUCCAAUCAAAUAAGAAAUUCUAAUGAAAAGGACUUCAAAGGAUUACUUGUUGUCACACAAGGCCAAUACUCCUCCGAAAGUACUUUUGAUGAACGUAAAGGCCUAUCAAACGUUAGCUCUUCAUCCGGGACUUCAAUUGGAAACCAGUCACACCAUAGACAUGCAUCCGGGACAUUUGAUAUGGACGAAUCAAGUGACAGACCGUUGUCAGGUGUGUUAGAUACUGACCAAUCAAACGAAAGGCUUUCGCCCGGUGCUGUCGACCUUGAUUGGUCGAUUUGUUUUGAACAAUUUCUGGCUUCUAUGUCCACCGAGCCGUAUCUUGUCCAUUAUUUUGACGAGACUGUUGACGUCAUUCAACGCCUUAAAAAAAUGAAAACGGAGGGAAUCGGGAGCUUCAUAAACGCUUCUAGGACGAACUUGAAUUCAGCAGAGUAGACGUCUUUAUGGUUGGACUUGCGGUAUGAAUGCUUAAGUUUCCGUGUAUUAUUUUUUUUAAAAAUAUUUGUAAGUAUCUAACAAAUUGAAAUGAGAAAUUAUUCAAGGUCAGUAUCAAACACUGUAAGUAUAUUGGGAGAAAUGUAGAUCUUAACGUAAAGCUUAGAUAAUCACAUUGAAGCUUGAUCAACGGUUUCUUCAUAGAAAUUUGUAUUUUGAAAUUUGAUUUAUUGAUCAUUUCAUCGUCGCCAUUUUUCGAUUCAUGAUUAAAAGCCAAGGUAAGUGGUUCUACGUUUACUAAUAAGACCAGUCUGGCAUCAUUCAUGAAGGCGGAACGAAGAAGGUACCUUUUGUCAAUGUCAGUAGUUACAAGGUUAUUUUUCUCAGUAGGAACAGUUGACCAGGCUUCAUUGCGCAUACUGCUCUGGGUUGAAUUGCUUGAAGAGUGUCUGCCACUUUUGAGGAAUUAAGCGUAUAUUUUGUGUAGUUAAAACGAUGUUAAGGCAUGACAAAGGACAGCUAUUGGGUAGCAAAACACAUCUUUUGUUUGUUCGUUUGUUUGUUUAUUUUGUUCCUUCAUCGAUGGGGUUUUUGUGGCUAACCUCACAAUGCGAGACAUUCACACCAUCUCGUUUCCAAAUCAGUGUCGUUCGCCAAAAAGUUGUUCAGGUGCACGCUUUUUGAUUGGUUGCCUCACAACCAAGUUAUCACAUGGGCCAAUCAGAUAUAAGAAAAAUAUCACAAGAAGCCAUUGAAAUCUCAAAGUAAAAUGAACCGAAGCGCGGGAAAACCCGAGUGACCACAUCGCGAUUGGUUUUGGUUUUACGUAUGAUUGGUUUAGAGAGUGGCGCGAGUUUACCAAUCACAGCGCGUACUGGUGCAGAACCAACGCACCCUGAAUUUCUUGAUAAAAUUGGUCUUGGAGUUCCAUUAUUUGAAGGGGCAAUUUUAUUAGGACUUUUUUUAUAACAGUGCAAAACUUCAACCCUGGGUAACCGACACUACCGACAAAAAGAGACUUAAAAAAUACCAACAACCAAUGCAUAAACAGAUAAUUUAUGUUUUUUUCCUUCAUUAAAUUCUACCAUUCCAUAAACUAUGUAAUGUCUGUUUUCUUUGUUGUUCUCUCCUUUGUAAACUGAGUCACAUUCGCCUAAAGGAUGAAAGUCUUUCCACUGUGAGUCAUUGCGAGCAAAUACGCUCUGAUUUAAAACAUCUAUUAUGUUUUUAAAUGUACUAACUUAAAAUUGCUUUGAUAGGGGUGCAAGGGAAAAGGCAGUAUUAGGAAAAACGAAUUUAAGCGAGUAAUCGAGGAAAGGGGUAAAUCAGAUGCGAAGACUUAUUAAAUUAUCAUUAAUUUGA